AUGUCUCAAGUCAAGGACAUCACCCGCGGGUUCUCCGCCAACGGCGCGGCGGCCAGCCCCAGCAAGGGCCACUACCUCCUCUUCACCGACAGCGGCAAACUCGUCAUCAAGUUAUGGACUGGCGAGGCGUUCACCGAGGAGCAGCUCGUCUCCAGCUCAGUCCGCGCCGGCUCUACUGCCGCCUACAUCCCCACCGACGAGCCCCUCGUGAUCGGCAUCACCUCCGGCUCGAAGCUCGCUGUCUUCCAGUACGACGAGGAAGAGGAGGAGUGGACCGAAGACAAGACGCUCCCCGCGCUCGCCGUGCACCCCUCCGGCAAGGUCGCAGCCACUCUUUGGCAGGGCACCGUGCGCGUCGUCGUCCAGGGUGCCGGAGGCGAACUCACCUACCUCUCCAAGCCUGCCGCAGGCGGCGAGUGGACUACCACCAAGCUCGCGGCUGCUGUGCAGCCGCUCGUCGGCGCCGCGCUCAGCUUCUCCCACCCCGGCGGCGACGUCUUCUACGUCUCCGGCGCAGACCAGUACGUCCACGGUCUCUACGAGGCCGAGAAGUGGGCGGACAGCGUCGUUGUGAAAAAACUGGUCGGCACGCUCAAGCAGCUCUUCGUCUCGACUGGCGGCACAAAGGCCGCCGUCAAGGCGUACGGGUUGACGGAGGAGAAUGCCGUGGUUCGGUGCCCCGCUGUCGGAGCGAAGGUGGUCCUCGGCGACAUUCAAGCCGAUGGCACCUUCGUGUCGAAGGUGAAGGAGGACCCACCACAAGACCCAACAUCAACAGCAGACACAGACCCAGACCCAAGCACCAACAACACCAAUACCAGCACGCAGACCAGCACGAGCACCAACACCAACACCCAGACCUGCAUCAUUGCGUGA